GUCAAGACUCCCUCUCUAGAGGACCAGUGACUGCCCUCAUGCGUUGGAUAAAGGGUGGCGAAACCUUCUCAUUGCUUUGCAUCUUGACUCCUGACUUGCCUCUCUGUUGAUCAUGUCGGAUAGCUGAGUCUACAUCUGGAAAUACAUCAGCACACCGAAAUAUGGCUCCAGAUCUCAACACCAUGCCUACUACCUCUCCUCCCACCGAUUCUCAACCUCCCGCACCAUCAGCACAAUUGCCUCCAUCGUCAACACAGUCUGCUUCUCGAAGGACAUCGACUCAGAUGCUACCUCCUCCCUUGCCAUUGCCCCAAGCGAGUAGCCUCCCUAGCUCACCACGACCGCAGGGUUCUACAGGAGACAAUACCGGGGUUGGAAUUGGCCCUGGGCCUAUUCGCCACCCUCGCCCAUUGACUGCUGCCGAAAUCCAUUUAGAGCUAGAAAAAGAGCAGGAAAGCAUUGUCAACCGCCUUACACGUGAGCUUUCAGCUCUUCGUGCUCAAACAGCUUCCGUUGCUUCAACGACAUCCUCAACUUCGGACCAUUUCUUCUCCUCCACGACUGACCCAUACCCAUACACAUCUUCCAUCACGACGGGCACAGCUGCAAACAUCAUCCCAACGUCUGCUCGACGACACCGUUCCUCGUCCAACUUAUCCGCUCGCUCCUCACGUUCGAUCCGCGACAGUCUGGCCAACGCAGCUUCGACUUCUGUUUCCGGUGUGGCUGCCCCAAGGGACCAGUCCGUUCAAGCCAGCGCCCGCCCAAGCAUGGAAAUCAUUAGGCCCGACAUGAGCAGACAAAACUCUUUGUCCGCCUCUGGUUUUAGAUCUUCAAGCAUUACCUCCAGUCCACAUCUUACCCAAGCUGGACUGUCCUACGGUCCAUAUCUACACCGCAGUUCCGUCUCGUCAAACACGAAUGGAAGCAUCAAUACCAAUGCACCUACGAGCGGGAAUCAUGGCGUACUAAGCACGGAGUCUGCACCCACAUCUGCAUACCCACGAAGUCCCAGUUCCAAUGCCGCAGUUGCCGCGGCCAGAUAUGAAGAGGCUACACUGCAGCGCGCAGAGCUUGAAAGUGUUAAGAGAGAGAAUGAAAUGCUCAGGGCCAAGGUGAGAGAUCUGGAGAGGAGCCUCCAAAGAGCAACAGAAUCACAACCCAGUCCGAGCGACCGUGGCAGGCCCUGAUAUCUCCAAGUUGUAAUGAUUAGAGGUCAAACCUCUGCACCCCGCAGCAUGACGGUAUGGAGAGCGUCAGCGAUCGAGAUAUUGGCGGGAGAGGUCGAUGGUUUCGAGGAACUUAAUGACCUUGUUGUUAAUGAUGUGGAUUAUGAUGAGAAAAUCAAGGAAGAAUUGCAAGCGAAAGAAAAACGAAGUAACGAAAUUGAUGGACGGACACCAUUGACAAUGGAUGGACACACUCACGACCGAUCAGCAUGAUCUACAUUACCUCCCUUUCAUGGGCUUGUUGGCAUGAGAUAGGAAGACAAGGGAGAACUCAAGAGGGAGUUUAUGGGAGUUUGAAAAGAUAGCAAAUCAAGAGACAUGACGUUAGCGCAAAUCCAUCUAGUUUGA